UUCGCUCGAUUCCCUUCGAAUGCCGUCGUCGCUGCUGCUGCUGCUGCUGCUCUGCGCCAAAGCCGGAAAUUCAAGAAAUUCCGCAGGAAUUCCGCCCCGACGCAAGAGCCCUCGUUCUUGAUCUCCGAAAUGAGGGCGGUGGUUUCGCGGUUGGCCCAUUCGAGGUCGUCGCUGGCUUCGUUCACUAAAAUAUCUUCGUCUACGAGGUGGAGACAUCUUUCAACAGAAUCUAACAAGGUUGAUGAACCCUUUAAAGUUGAGGAAGCAGAGACAGUUAAUAUCCCUCCACCACCUUCAGAAAAGCUACUUGUAUUGGGCGGGAAUGGAUUUGUUGGCUCACAUAUAUGCAAAGAGGCUCUAAAUCGUGGAUUGGUUGUUGCUAGUCUCAGCAGGUCUGGAAGGUCGUCUUUACAUGAUACGUGGGCUAAUGAUGUCACCUGGCAUCAAGGCAAUCUUCUUGCACCUGAAACCUUGAAGGACGCUCUGACUGGAGUCACCUCUGUUAUAUCUUGUGUCGGUGGUUUUGGAUCCAAUUCUCAUAUGUACAAGAUCAACGGGACUGCAAAUAUCAAUGCAAUUAGAGCUGCUUCAGAGCAAGGUGUAAAAAGAUUUGUAUACAUCUCUGCAGCCGACUUUGGUGUAGUAAAUUAUUUACUCCGAGGAUAUUAUGAGGGAAAGAGAGCUGCUGAAACAGAGCUGCUGACAAAGUUCCCUUAUGGAGGAGUGAUUUUGAGGCCUGGGUUUAUAUAUGGGACUCGCCGGGUUGGGAGCAUGAAGAUACCCCUGGGAGUGAUUGGAUCUCCUUUGGAGAUGAUCUUUCAACACACGAAGCCACUCAACCAACUACCGCUCGUCGGCCCCCUCUUCACACCCCCUGUGAAUGUCACUGCGGUGGCGAAGGUGGCUGUUCGAGGAGCUACGGAUCCCGUCUUCCCUCCAGGCAUCGUAGACGUCCACGGAAUACUCCGAUAUAGCCAACAAAAGUUGAAGUAGAAAUGGUCCCACACCUGUCCUCUUUAUUGGUUCAAUCUUAUAGAGCUGUUAAUAACAUGACCAUUCGGAUGUCUUUUUCAAAUCAAAAGGUUUUCACGUCUUUUUGGAGUCUGCAGAUUCCUGUAGGACCAAGAGAUGAAUUGUUAGUUCAGACCUUGAAGGCAAUAAUUGCACUUGAAAAUCCUAUGUAUAUUGUGGUUUCACUUCUUUGAGUCAUAGAUAAUUACAUUGGGCAAGAAUAAAAUAGCAUUGCGUUGUUCUCACCCUCAA